UUUCUCUGUUGCAGAGUAGACACAACUAGGGUGGAGUAUAUAAUUCCCCUCAGAGAGAGUUUUUCUCUCCCCUUUAUCUGGGUACAGAUAGCAGCCACAACAUACUACUUCAGACAUAACUGUUCUCCAAAGAAAGAGAAGCUGUCUGUGGUGAUUAUCUUCCUUUCCACCCUGUGUUUCUCCCUCUGCUGGCAGUUUAACCAGUUUGUACUGUUACUGCAGGCCUUCGCUUUAUUUGGAACCUGGGUCCUGGACAUGGUGCCUUCCAGAAAGAUUCAGAUGCUGUUUAUUGCCCAGGGUACCUCUUUACUACUCACGUGCUUCCUGCAGUUCUUCAACAAAAUGAUCCUAGGGUCUUUAGUCAUGAGUUUUAUUCCCUCUGCCCUUCUUCUUAUCCAACUCAAGGGAGAUGAGAUGAAGCCGUGCAGUGUUCCUAGUCGAAUCAUUAAAGUGUUUGGUUACUCUAUAACAGUUCUGGUCUCCAUGAUAAUAUUACAGAAUUUAUUCAAGAUAAUACUGGGGAUUGAUGCAGAUGAUCAUAUCUACAAGUUUAUCAUGUCAAAAUUUAAUGUGGGUCAUGCAAGGGAUUUUGAUGCCCUCUUGUACCUAUGUAUAGAUGCCUUUGGAUUCCUUCAGUUUGACACGUUUGAAAGACUCACACAAGGAGUUGUCUUCCCUUUAUAUGUUGUCACACAUCUAGGAAUGUUAAUCAUUUUAUUUAUAGCAGUUUUACAGAACUGGAACAACCAUGUACAUGACACCAAUGUCAAAGAUCACACAAGUGCCAAAAAAACUCAUCUUCUGAGUUGUCGUCCAGAAUUAGCCUACCAUGCAGUAUUAGCGGUAUUCUUUGGAAUGCUGGGAAUGUCCACACUACGUAUGAAGUACCUGUGGACCCCCUACAUGUGUAUACUGGGGAGUGUGGGAAUCAGUGACUACAAAGUUUGGAGGACCUUACUGUCUCCCCUCAAAACACAGGGCAUUAUUGUUCAGAUAGUCAGGCACUUCAUGACUUUGCUGACUCUAACAAUUUUAUUGGCAAUAGCACUUUCACCUCUAUUGAAAGAAUUAGAAGAAUUAAAAGAGUUUUGGGAUCCAGAUACUGUUGAACUCAUGGAAUGGAUCAAGUCCAAUGUGCCAAAAGGAGCCGCGUUUACUGGCAGUAUGCAGCUGUUAGCCGGAGUCAAACUGUGUACGGGCCGACCAAUCACAAACCAUCCGCAUUACGAGGACAAAUAUCUCAGAUUUAAAACCAAAGAGCUUUACCAGAUAUAUGGGAGAAGAACUCCUAAAGAUGUCCAUGAAAUUUUAAAGAAGUACAAAUCAAGUUAUAUCAUCUUAGAGGACAGUAUUUGUUUAGCACCAUCCAAGGGGUGUCGGACACCCGAUAUUGUAGAUAUUGAUAAUGGAGUGAUCCCAGAUCAUGGUAAGGCAGAGCCAGGAUUAGUCAAAAGCAACAUUCCUAGAUUUUGUGAUGAAAUACGAUAUGAAUCUCCAGCGUAUACAAAAUAUUUCAAACUUGUGUUCAGUAAUCGGACAUUCCGUGUUCACAAAGUAUUAUGAAAUCUCUGAUGUCAUAAUAAUAUUUAGCUAUUGACUGUUUAAUUAACUCUUUUACCUGCUCCCAGUUUUAUGUCCCUGUAUUUGAAGAUUAAGGGGUAUAUAGUUUAUGGCCUGUUUGUCUGUCAGCAAAGACUUUUACCAUUGCCUUAUUUUUUGGAUUUAUCAGUGUUUGGAGUUUCAUUUUUCACAUGUAUAUUGCCUUGUGACCUCUUAACCUUGACCUUGGAGUUUGAAUUACUU